AUGAGGAGAGGAAACUACAGCGAUUGCCAAAUCGAGCAUCUAUGCAGGUUCGUUCAGGGAAAAUGUGCCAUCCUAUUCGGCAAGGCAGGAAACUGCAGCGAACGGGUGCAGGAGAGGAAGAAAAGGGCGUGGGAGGAGGCAGCCAUCACUAUGGCAGCCAUAGGUUGCCCCAACCGGUCGGGCAAGGACCUGAGGUUGUUGUGGAACGACCUCAGGUCAAAGGCCAAAAAAUAUAGAGACAGCCGCAAUAAGACGGGGGGAGGAGCAUUCGACUUCAAUGCAAGGCAUGAGAUGGUGCUGAGUGCCAUGACAAGACAAGUCAAGGAGGGGAUCUUGCCUCAGUCCAGCGAGACUGGAGCUUCAACACUGCCGUUGUCUCAAAAUGCAGGGGCCGUGGAGCUUCUGCAGAGCAUGGGGGAGGAGGCAGGAGCGGUGGAGGAGGAGGUGGAGGGGGAUGAGGUAGAGAUGGUUGAGGAGAGGGAGCCCAGAAGGGGGAAGAUGAAGACAAAAUUUGGUGGAAAAAAAACAGUGAAAAAGUCUAACGGGGUGUCGUACGAAGAGUAUCAAGAGCGUCUCCUGCAAGUUGAGCAGGAGAAGCUUGAAGUGAUGAAAAAAAAUCAUGAGUUGUUGAAAAGUAAUCAUGAUUUGAUGAAAAGUAUGCUGACAGUGAUGUCAGAAUACUUUUCAUCAAAUCAUGAUUGUGCAAAAUGAUUUUUUUUUUUUUCAUUUUUAGAAAAUUUACCGUUAUUUGAUUUGAUUCCAUUGACUUCAAACAUAUCAAGAUUCUCCUGCUCAAUAUUUGGUAAGACGCUUUUGUUAUUCUUCAAACUAUGUACAAUUUCACCUCCCCCUUUCCAUUCUCUCUCUCCUAAACCAUCUCCAUCUCUUUCUCUUCUUCCAAACAUUAUUGGUGCCUUUAUUGAUGCCUCAUGAUCAAUGUCUUCCCAAUUUCACUUUGUAAAUCGCUCAACUUUCAUCCGUGUAAUAUAUGUAGGGUAAGAAAAAUACUCCCCAAAGAAACUUGUAGCCAUGCUAUUCGAUCGCUUGUGCUUAGUAGGUUAGGUUACUCAAACUCCCUAUUUAUUAAUGUGAAUAAAACAAAUAUUGAGAGGUUGCAGGGCAUCCAACAUCAUACCGCCAUGAUUGUUUUGAAAGCAAGGAAGCAGGAUAGGGCAACUCAUUUAUUGGAGCAUUUACAUUGGUUGCAUAUUGAGAAGAGAAUUCGUACAAGGUUUCUUUGAUUGUUUAUAAGUGCAUACA